CAUAUGGCGUCUACUGGGGACAUACAUGCAGGAUGUUUGCCCUGUUGGACGAUGGCCAUUGCUACCAUCCUCCUUGUUUGUGACAGUAUUGUACUUGCCGAUCAACUGACUUUCGGAAUGGAUCCUACAGCCAGUAAUGACAAUGCAAUGAACAGAAUCCUCACUACGAAUCAAAGCUGGUGGGAUGCACAGCGGGAGUGUUCCCUUCUAGGGGGAAAUAUGUAUGUACCACCAUCACAGAGCAUCCCCGAAGACAUCAUCAGACAGCUUCAUGUCAAUGUACCCUACUGGGUGGGUGCGAUUACAUACCCCAACUGGAUCUGGACAAGAGACCAUUCCCCACUGUACAGCUACAUGGGGUACCGGAGACUCACUCUGAAGGACAAUAAGACAAACGUAGAUGGCAAUUCAGCUGUAGCAUGUCAUCAGCACUGCAGGGAACAGCAUACAGUGCUUGGUCUUCGGGGAGACGGGUGCUAUUGUCUCGGUAACUGGUUGAACAGUAAUGACUUGUCAUCAAAGAGAGCAUCUGAAGUGCGGUGUCCCGGGAACUAUGAGGAAUUCUGCGGAAAUGACAACGGGGUGUCGGUGUACAGAAUGGAAAACGUCAACGUUGUACCCCUCCCAACGAGCGGAUGCUGCUAUGUUGGCGUGAACAGAGAUCGACCAAGGGUUGACAACUUGUUCCACAUCCGAUAUCGCGGCACAACGUACUACCCAUAUCUCAAGUGUGACAGCGCUUGUGAUGUCCGCCGGAGAAUGUCGGCAUGUGAGAAGAACUCUGUGACAAGUUCUGGAAACCCGCAAUGCGAAGGUAAAGUAUGCUUAAGGUAUGUGCGCAGAUCCUGGGUGGCCUCGAACACAGAAUGCUCGUUGAUCAAAGUGACAGCUGAGAACGCCGGAAACCUUACACUAGCGAUGGUGUCAAGGCCCCAGGACAUAUAUCAACAAUACUGGGUCGGUCUGGAGCGAGAGUCGGUGAGGAAAUGGGUCGAUGGUAACCAAGUGAUUUUGCCUUCAGUCCUCUUUAGUGGUGAAUCUAGUACUCUUCCAAAAUGCCUUGCUGUAGGCAAGACUUCAUCUACGCCGGCCAUUUUCUUUUGGAUUGAAUGCUCCAAACGCUACGGGUCUGUCUGUGAAGGUUUAAAAUUAGGACCAUCAACUGUGGCGCCCAGCACAGGUGUGACACCUACAGCACGUGUUACCUCAAUAAGAAACACAACAACGCCUACCAGUCACAAAACCCAUCCGUCGACCACAUAUAACACCACGCUGUUGUACCUGGUGACUGACACUGCUGGACACAAAUCUCAGAAUAUUGGUGUCUACGUGGGCGUUGUCAUUGGAAGUUUGGUAUUGCUAUCUGGCGUCAUGGUUCUGGUAUUCACAUACAGAAUGAAGAGGUUGUGCUUCCGAGCCAAACUAACGGUUACAAAUGGUCAAACGAUAGGCUUCAAUGCAUCAGCAGCCAAUGCCACAUACUCUGCAGCUACGGCCCUAUCAGGAGACGAUAAUGACGGCUACGAGGUCCCGGUGCCUUUAGACACAAGCAGUUGGAACUCGCCAUAUUACUCCGCGGUUCCUAUAGCAACAGUGAAACCGAACAGUCACAUUCAAAAAGCGUUGUGGACGCGAAACAACAAGGACACAGAACAGGAGCUUUAUUGCAAUAUCAAGUCUGAAAACGACGGGCGUGAUCAGCCGGAGAGGUUAUCAGGCUGUUUUAACCAAAAGCCGGACAAGGACUGUUAUGAAAACAUAAUUUUACAAUCGGGUGGACAAGAGGAAACAGAGGAGAACAUACAGGUCACCAGGGCAGUAAGACACUAUCAGAAUACGAAUGAAGCAAUGCAUGAUGGUUCUGGUGUAAAGGACGCUCACAUGGAUGGUGUAACAGUUGAGGACGACGAUGGCAUAUAUCAGCUUGCUGGGGAAGUAGAUCAGAUGGACGAUAGAUGCAUGUAUAAACUAGCGAGUGAACCAAACAGUGACAAGAGAGGGUCAGAUGCUCCUUACAAUACGCUUGGACAAAGAAUGAACAAUACUGCCACAAAGGAAGACUCUCACAUGAACGUGUAUGAUCGUGUGACUAAUACGUCAAGCCGAGAUGGUUAUGACACUAUGACAAGACAAGCUCCCACCGCGAUCAGCGACAACGUCUACAGUCAUGCCGGAGACGUUGACGCUGAUUUUAAACUGGAUGGCGUUGACGACAGAUACGACACUACACGAAGUCAGCCACAACGGCCGCGACCGGAUGACUAUAGUUAUGCGCACGAAUUAGAUUUAGAUGAUGAUUGUGGUGUGGAUGGGGACUGGGAGAUGGAUGACGAUACGUAUCAGUAUAUCGAAGAUGUGGAAGAUCUCAGUGAUGAAGAAACGUGUUACUACAAUUUAUCCUUCACAGCACAAGGGGGGAAUAGUAUGUCCACACCUAGUGGCACUGCAGGAGACGACGGUGUAAACAGUAGAGAAGGAAUAUCCGACGCUUGAAGUCCAAAGCGUUGUGGCUAACGUAAACAAUAUCACUGUUUGUUUGUUUGUUGUUGUUCAACGCCACACAUAUAUUC